GAGAACAGCAAACAGAGACUUCCCCUGUCUGUGCCUCGUUUCCCAAUUCUAAAACAGGGAUAAUGAAAGUGACCUCCUUUGUAAAGUGCUUUGAGAUCUACAUAUGAAAAACACAAAAAAGAGGCACAUUUUGCAAAUAAUAAAUGGAGAAGAAUCUCACCACCCCAGUAACAGAAUUUGUCCUCUUGGGUCUCACUCAGAAUCCUAAGCUGCAGCAAUUCCUCUUUGUGAUUUUCUUCAUCAUCUACAUGAACACUUGGCUGGGAAACUUCACCAUCAUCACCACCGUGAUCACCGACCGCCAGCUCCACACCCCCAUGUACUUCCUGCUGGCCAACUUGGCUUUCUUGGAUGUCAGUGAAUCAUCAGUAAAUGCUCCAAAAUUGCUCUCAGGUCUCCUCACCCAGAGUAAAACCAUCUCAUUCAAUGAAUGCAUCCUCCAGAUGUUCUUCUUCCACUUAAUUGGAGGCACUAUGGUCUUUUUACUUGUGGUUAUGGCUGCCAAUAGGUACGUGGCCAUCUGUAAACCACUGAGAUACAUGACUAUCAUGAGCCGGGUUGUGUGUGUGGUGUUAGCGUUAAAUGCAUGGCUGGGUGGAUUGGUUCACUCUGCUGUUCAGCUUGGACUGCUCCUCCAGUUGCCGUUCUGUGGUCCAAAUGUCCUGGACAAUUUCUACUGUGAUAUCCUGCAAGUCAUCAAACUGGCCUGCACCGACACUCACUUGGUUCAAUGGCAGAUGGUCUUCAAUGCUGGAGUGCUGCUCAUAAUAGUAUUCAUCAUUCUGCUGAUUUCCUACACUGUCAUCUUAGUCAAGAACAGGACACAUGUCAUGGAAGGGAAGCACAAGGCUCUGUCCACUUGUGGAACCCAGAUUACUGUGGUGUGUUUACAAUUCAUUCCCAGCAUCUUCAUUUAUGCUCGGCCCUUGAAGCAGUUCACGGUGGACAAGGUAAUAUCCGUCAUUUACACUGUAUUCACCCCGAUGAACUUGAUGAUCUACACGUUGAGAAAUGCCGAGAUGAAGAAGGCCAUCAGAAGACUGAUGAGGAGAAUGCUCUUCUCGGGGAGGGAAAGAGAGACAUAAUUGAUCUUCCAAUCUUACAUUUGUGUUAAAAAUCUAAUUUGUGCACUGUAUCAGACAGCAGAUAUAUGUGGCAUGUGAAAAGUGUGUGGAGUAAAAAGAGAUCAAAUACUGCACACUCAAGAGAAUCUGUGCUCACA